GUAGCAACUUGAAAUUUUUGGCAAAGAAAUUUCAUUUCGAAUCUUUUUUUAAAACUUAAAAGUUUUUUCUUCUUUCGCAAGAAGUUUAAUUUUUCAUAAUGGAACAAAUAAACAUUCUUGACUUUGACACUCCAAUACUUGAAAUGAUUUUAAGUAAUGUACACAAAAGAAAAAGUGCUGCUGAAACUUGCCGAACAUUUUAUGAAGUUGUUUGCCGAAUCGAGAAGUUUAAGCACAGAUUAGUUAUUAAUAAAAUCAAUAUCAAUCAAAGCAUGGAAUCAAUGAAGAAUUCCAGUCGAUAUUUUAAUGAACUUUGUCUUCACGAUUUGCCACUUUCUCACCAUAUGAACGAAGUGAUGUCAGUGUUAAGUGAGUUAGGUGGCACAAUAACAAGAGCUGAAGUUACAAGAGUUCGUGGAAUGGAAUGUCAACUUAUGGAGUUGUUGAAUCUUCUUCCGAAUCUUGAAGAACUUCAUUUGAAUUAUUUCUUCAAAGAUAAAGAAAGCGAAAACUUCAAAACAGUUUUGCAUUUAAAAAAGCUGAAGACAUUCAAAUUAAGUUCAUGGCAUGAGAUUCGUAAUAUUAUGGAUCAGUUAUUGAGUGGUGUCUUGGAAGAUGUCACAAUCGAAAUAUCAAGACAAGAACAUCAAGAUUUGUCGAAGUUUUAUGAAAAUCAAAUUAAUGUGAAAAAAUUAGAAAUCAGUUCUUCGUCGCAUCUCAGAUGGAUUAAUCAUAUGACACUUGACGAAUUCACAUUUAAUGAAGUAUUUGGUGAAGAUCUUUUAAAUAAUGAAGAAAUUAUUGACUUUCUUCGUACUCAAACGCGACUUGUUAAACUUGAUUUGCGAUGUGAAAUUAACGAUCCAAAAGUCAAAUUUAUAUGCACUUCCCUAGCAAGUUUGCAAUCUUUAAACAUUAAACUUUAUGAGAUUACUCCAGAGAUCUUAGAAAACCUUAAUAAUCUUAAAUAUUUAAACGAUCUUUCAUUCGGUGUAUUCGAAAUGGAUGUCAAUGUUUUCACAAUGGGACGAUUUUUAAAUAUAACUAAACUUGGAAUACGACAACAACAAUCGACAAUUAUUGACGUUGAAAAUUUGCUUGCAAUGGAAAAAGCAUUUCCUAGUCUACAAGAGAUUUCAUUGGAAGGGCUUGUACCUGUCAAUAUUUUUAUUAUUUUAAACAUUUUUGAACGUUUAACAGUAAUUGCAAUAAAAUUCUCACACGAACAUAAUGAAGAUUUCUUUGACCAUUCACACAUCAAAUCGACCUACUCAAAUAUCAAUAAAUUACGAUUGAAUCUCGAGGGAAGGAACAUUAUAAACGAGACAAAUAUUGAAAAUUUCCUCUCGUUUAUUUAUUCAAUGCCCAAAUUGGAAUCACUUGAAUUAGCUGACAUCGAAGUCAAUGAAACCACUGCGAGGAUGUUAGAAAAUUUGCCUUUAUUGAAAAGUUUUAAAAUCAGCAAAAUGACUUUGCCAUUAAAUUUUGAAUUUGACAACAGAUUUUCUUGCAUUCUAAGAACACUCAGCGAGAUAAAAACUUUGCAUUUACAUUUUUGGGCUACCGACAUUGAAUUUGACAGAUUUCAUGACGACAUGCAAAGAACAAUAAACGAUCAACUCGAGAAAUUGAAGAUAAAAAUCGAUCGAUGUACUUAUAGUGGAAGUGUUAAUUUUAAAAUUCUCAAUUGAAGAAAGUUCUCUUAAAUUUCAU